CACUACUUUUUUUCCUGCUCACGUGCUUUCCAUUCGUGCAUAUGUGCUUGUGUGCGUGUGUGUGUGUGUGUGUGUGUGUGUGUGUGUGUGAGUGUGGGUGGGUGAGUUAACCUCGCCCACAGUCAAACCCAAACUUAGAAAGUAGAUCACAGCUCGACCACAAGACUAAAACACAGUAAAGACUCUUGUUGAAUCAGAGUCAGUUGCUUCGCGUGCUGACAUUUUUGUCCUCUUCCUUUAUAGGGGGGUUAAGAUCUGAAAACAUUACUGGGACUUUACUGAGCUUUUGUGUCCACAGAGAUGUGCUCAGAGAUGUUUGCAGCUAAAGCCGAAGCAGCUGUGAAGUGUCUGGGUGCGGAGGGAGAUCUCAUCUACAACGAAAAUGCCAACUUGAAAAUUGAGAUGCUGACUCUGGUCAAAGUCAAAGUAAAAACCUUCUGGUCGGUCGUCAAGUACAAGAUCAGUGAUCUUACGCUGCUCGAUCUGCUGCAGGAGCCGGACAUCUCCCCAGAGUACACAGAGAAGGAUCUGAUGAAGGAUUUUGAGAACCUGAGUGACAGCAGCAGUGGAGGCCGUGCAGCAGCAGGAGUUGAUGCAGCUAAAGUCAAACUGGAAGUGUCUGCAUCGGUGGACACUGUGGAUGGAGCGUCCUCCUUCACUCUGAGGAAAAAGACUGUGGACAUCAAAAAACUGAAGGAGAGCUGCGCUGACAAGAAGAUAAAGGAGAAGAUGGUGGAAAUGCUGAAACUAAAGGAGACGGAGAAGCUGACUUUUGUUCACCAGAGGGUCUACAACACUGCUCCUGUCACGUUUUGUGGCAAAACUGGAAAGGACGGCCUUGUGUCGGCAGUGUGUGAAAAAUUCAGGAUUUCGCUGUGGAGGAAGAAGAAGGACUUGACAAGCUUCACUGUUCCCGAAGAUGUCACCUUUGCUUACAGCCUGAUGGAGAUCACCACUGAGGACAAUACUCUGGGUAUUCCACCUCGAUUCAUCAAUAUGGAACGUUAUAACAAAGGAUGGUGGAAGGUCAGCACAGAUGGAGACGACGAGACGCUGCAACAACUGACGGAAGACAUAUUUCAGAAAGCAGCUCUUCUGCAGCCGCUGGAAGACCUUCGUGAGUCAAGACGUCGUGAUCUGUUGAAAACACUCAGUGAGCUUCUGCAAGACAGAGACGCUCUCUCUCUUCUGGAGGAAACAUUGGAUCAGAGCAGUAAAGGAGUGUUUAAGCGUCCACAGUCUCCAGCUGUCUCUUCAUUCAUGGAUCUUCUUGAUGUUUCUGAAGUCUUCAAUUCUCAGAAGAAUGCUGCUCACCUGCUUGUCAGCGCCAUGGAAGGUUUACCAGAUGAUGCUGCAGCUCUUCUGGCUACCUGCAGUCCUGAAACACUAAGAGUCCUCCAGCAGCUGGUGAACAGCCUGGAGGAGAACGCUCAGGUCAAACUCCCAGAGUCUCUGCCUGCCUCCCUGCAGGAAGAAGGAGAGCUCCGCUGGGCGGCCGAGCUUCUCUGUUUGACCGAUCAGACGCUGACAGAGCUGAGAGAUCAGUGGGACAGACCAGAGUUCCCACCAAAAUUGCUGCUGGAGCUUGUGUGUCUCGUCGUGCAGGGACUCAGCUUGAUGAAGCCCAAAACACACUCAUAAUGUAGUCAGCUCUUCUUUUAUUAUAGAGUCAGUAUUAAAGGACAGGUGACAACAGUCAGGUGUCCAUAUGAACAGUGACAGAGGUUUCCUCGCUCUAAUCAUUCCUCCUGGUAAUACUGGCUUCUAAAAGAUUCCCUUCAAAUGUGCUUUCAGUGUAAGUGAUGGAGGCCAAAAUCCACAGUUUGUCCACACAGUCAUUUUGUGCAAAAAUGCAUUCAAAAGUUGAUCUGAAGCUUAUAUUAGGCUUCAAGUCUGUCAAGAAAAAGACACUAUAGGUUGUAAAUUAAUGUUUAAUGACAGAUGCCAUCAAAUGGCCAUAGUAAUUAUGACCCAGGGAAGUGACGCAAUUCAGAUGACAUUAGGUGACUUCCUUAGUAGGAGGAGGCAGGUUGGGUGGAUAGCAAGAUAAUUGGUUUUAAGGGCAAUAAUGGACUUAGGGGAAGGAGACUGCUAUUUGCUUCAUGUUUCAACCACCUAAGGAAGGAGAAACCACAUUUCAAAUAAUGAUUUUAACCCCAAACAUGAUCUUUCGCUAAUCCUAACCAAGUGCUUUUUGUGCCUAAACCUACCCAGACCUUAACCACAGAGUUGUCACAUCAUAAACCAUCAUUAUUUUUUAAAAGUGAUUUUUAACGGUUUUUAACGGUUUUUAAUGGUUUUUACGCUCCUAUUUUGGAAAGCAGUACAUUAUGCUUCAGUGGGUCAUUCUGGAGUGCAGAUAGAAUCAACGUAUUUCCUCCAGAAAUAAACUUAGUUUUUAUGGGUGCUAUGUCAUCCAUAAUUUGUGUCACUGGCAAAUUCUGCCUAGUCAAUUAAAGAUAAUAAUAUAUAUAUAGGCAUUACACUUAUCACUACUCAGAGUAUACUCCAUAACCAUCAAAAAUAAGAAAAUAAAUGCAUAUAAAAAAUAUAAGUGAUGCAACUUAUUGUCAACUCUUAGGUAUUAAUGUAAGACACUACAUACUGAUUAAGGUAAUAGCAUUUUAAAGUCUACACUCAAUGCUAAGCAUAUAAGCUAAUGACUAACAAAUUUCAAUAGAAACUCAAGGUAUAGUAAAAUGAAAGCAUUCCAAUGCAUAGUCUAAACCAAAACAUUCAAACAUUGUUACACAUAGAUAUCACCACCAUAAUUCUGAAGAAGUUCAGUCUACAACCCAUGUACUUUGCGUACAGUAGAGGGUCACCGCCAUGGAGAGGUUACUAGCACUUAAGAUGCGUGGUGGUAUGGAAUCCAUCUCUUCAACACCCUGGUAGUCAUAAUACAUCACCAACUUGGUAACACAAACAGGUUCCAAUUCUGCUGAAUUAGGUUUGCACUGCGCUACCAUCUUCUUAAGGUCAGUUGCAAAUAUUUUCCCACAAAUCUUAGGCUCUGGAAGUCUUUUAAUAAUAGCCUGUAACUCUGUUAUUUUCCAGGGUCUAUACACAUGUUGAACACUCCCAGCCCCAUCGGGGCAUUCUAGCAUUGGCGCAAAAAAUGCACUUUCCAAAGAACCUCUAAAUGCUCCUCCUUGUACAGCUAUAGAUGAAAAAUCCAAUGUUGGAGUUGACAUCAUGGGCUGCUUUUUUCUGCAUUGUUACUAGGCUCCAUAUAGGAGUAGAAAGACAUGGUGUCUCUUGAGGUGCCAAUGUAGGUGUCUUCAAAGCCUGUAUAUGAUGGAGAUGACUGGUCAGUAGAUGGUGCUGCAGCAUCUCCUCUGCUAUCUGGUGCUAUAGAUGCUCCCACUGCAGUUCCACCUUCCACCUGCAGGUUAUGUUGUUGUUCAUCAGGGAGAGCCCCAGCUCCUGGCUGUGGAGGAUGUCUUACUGCUGAGCAAUCCAAUAAAUCAUCCACUGUACGUACACUGAAGCCCCUCCCUCUGCCUCUCACUGGCAGUCACAAACACACCCAGAGACUAUUGUCUCAUUAAGAGCAGAUAUAUAGAGGUAGCACACAGAUCUCACUCUUGAUGCAUUUUGUCCCAUGUGACUAGAGAACAGGCUAGUCUCCUGGAAGGCAUUUUAAACAAUCUGUUGCCAAGGCCCUGCAGGCUGGAUAACCUGCUUUGAAGGUACACACACUUUCGUUACACACUUUCAACCAAUUGGCAGAUCUAGUCACCUCAUGCCUCCUCAUUCACCUCAUGCAUAUCACAUACAGACGGAUGACAAAUUAACGGAUCAUCACCAUCAUAAAGUGUCUAAGUAAGGUGUUGUGCCACCACGUGCCAACAGAACAGCUUCAAUGCACCUUGGCAUUGAUUCAACAAGUCUAUGAAACUCUACUGGAUGGAUGGAACAACAUUCUUCUAAAAGAUAUUCCCUCACUAGGUGUUUUGAUGAUGGUGGUGUAGAGUGCUGUCUAACACCUUGGUCCAAAAUCCCCCUGAGGUCUUUAAUAAUGUCUUUUGCAUAGAUCUAAAUGCAGAUGUCACUUUAGACAAGGUUGUACCAAACCAUUUCAUCGCACUACAUUUGGGCAGUCAGCUUUCUCUGUGAAAGCCACAACUCAGUGGAAUGCCCUACCUGAUGAUAUGAAAAACUGU